AUGGAUAGUAGCCACGACGCACCGGCUCCCUCGAGAGGUGGGCGAUGGCGCACACAAUGGACACACACAGCUGCCAUGUGUGUGUGUGGUGACGGUGUGUGUGGUCCAGGUGGGCGGGGCGACGUGUCAGACGAUAGCUUGCGAGAUGUCAUAGAUCAGAUCCAAUCCGUGAGGGAGGGAGGGAGGGAGGAGGGAGGCGCCAGACCGACCAUUCAUUCACUGGCUGUUUGCCUGUCUGUCUGUUUGCCUUCAGAUCGCAUGUGAGAUGGCCGCGCCGGUUCGGCGGGCGAGGGAGCUGAUCCAACGCAACCAACACAACGACACACAGGUCCGCCUGCACGAGUGCCGCAUCUCUCUCUCUCUCUCCGUCGUGUUUGUUGCCGUUGACAGGUUUGUGCGUCGGCGGCUGGUCGACGGCUGUUGGGUCUUCUGACGAACCUCACCGACGCCCACUCGGCCCUCAGCAAUGAGCUGACACAGACGCCCGCUAACCACAACAAACGCGUAAGGCUCCACCGACCACUGGAUGGCACACACAAGCCGGCCACUCCUCUGUGUGUCGAUGUGUAUUGAUAUCAGCGAAUGGAUGUCGACGGCGGGGCUGCUCAGUGGCGGGCGGGCGACGCUGUGGGACCGAAGGAGACCGACAGCAACAAACAGCAUAGCAACGAGGUGCGCACAGGUCCACACCCACACACACAGGCACACAAACUCAUUGAUGUGUGUCGCUGGUCAGGUGCCUGCUGAAGACGGCGGCGCCAAGAAGCGUAGACGCGUAGACAUCAGCCAUACUGCUGAUGCUGCUGGUGGGCACAGCGGAGGUACGGAAAGCAUCGGCUGCCGUUGGUGGACUGCACAUCGUCAUGACCCUCCUGUGCUGUGUGGUGCCUUCAGGUGGCUCGGUUGGUGCGGGUGGUGCUGCGGCAGACUCACAGCAGCAACAGGGAGGUGCCACCUCACUGUCGGCAGAUAUGACGGCCCCCAACCAGCAGCAGCAGCAGCAGCACCCCGUGUGGUACGUCCUCGCCCACCGCGGCAGCGAUUUUCUGCUGCGGGAUGUGCUGCGUCUGAGGAAGACCUGCAAAUGGGCCAGACAGCUCUUCGGAGCGCCUCAGCUGCGGCAGCGGCUCAGCCAUGAGCUCAGCACACAGGCGGGGCUGCGGCGGACGGCCAACGGACAGCAGCUGCUGACCUUCGACGACCAGCAGAUGGGCGAGGGUGACCUGCUGGCGGCGCUGUGUGUGACGGAGGCGGGCGGCUGGAGUGAGAUGAGCGAGGCGGUCGAGCUGGCGGGGCAGUGCGGCAACUGCCAGCUGCCUGUGAGCCUCACUGCGAGCGAUCUGCACCAAUACCCAAACAAGACGGUAAGCCAACCGAGGGAGGGAGGGAGGGAGAAAGGAUUGCUCUCAAUCGGUGUGUGGUGUGUUGUGUGUGUAGGCGUAUCUGGCCGCUCCCCGUGUGUUGGCUCAGCUCAAGAUGGUCGGCCCCCACAUCGACUUCGGCGACAACACGACCUUUGAGCUGUUCCGCUACGGCAACGCACUGCGGGCCAUCAAGGACCAAGGCGGCUUCGCUAUCAACACCAACCAGACCCUCCCUGCCCACCACCCCAUCCAACAGCACCGACAACAGCAUGACCCGCCCGUCCGCAGCAACAUCUCAUAUGAUCCGCCCGAGGGCUGGGUGUCGCUGGCGGCUCGGGUCUCCUCGUCUGUGUCGUCGUUCGUCAAGAGCAUCGUCAUCGGCCACUUCUGGGGGACUCACCAACUCAACUCCACUAGCCAGGGCAUCAACAGGUGAGGCGGGGCAUCACUCUGAGAGGGCAUUCCCACGGCACACGAGUGUGUGUACGUUGUGUGUCUCUUCAUCAUCAGGCAUGCUGACAACAGCCGGCUGAUCACACUGCUGCCGACGCAGUCCCCUCACACGCCGGUCGAGGGAUGCACCAGCACAACUGCAUCACGCCGUUCCACUGACGGCAUGACUUACCGUCAUCUCGUCCUGACCGACGCCGGCCACCCCUUCUUCGCAUGGAUCACUGUCAUGUACAGGCCCAAUUUCAACACUGGUCAGCCCAGCACGGCACAGCAAGGGGGAGGAGGGUGACAAAUCCAGGGAGGCACAUAUUCUCAUGUGCUGUCCGCUGCUGUGCUCUCCUGUCUUUCGUUUGCAGUGAUGGUUGAGGUCUACACGACCGAGCCGGCUGUGUCUGGUGGUGGUGGCGCCUUCAAGGGCCGCUUCCCGGAGACCACUCGGCUGGCGCGUGUGGUGCUAGGGCCCGUCAUCUCAGCCAUGAUCUUCGACCAAUAGACAGCUGGG